AUGGUAGAAAGUUGGGAACGUGGGAUAUGUUAUUCCCGCACAGCUCUCCAUGUUUCUGGUCGGGUUACGCGCAGCAUCAUAGUGUUUCUUGUAUGCGACCUCCCGGCAGCAAGAAAGGCUGCUCAGCUGGCAGGUCCAACAAGUCACUUUUAUUGCACUGCCUGCCAUUGUUGGCACAGGUCAACUUGCGGUAGAACAGAUAUCCAGACCGAAGAUUGGGCUCUCAAAGACAAGAACGAAGUGCGUCGCUAUGCUGAGCUCUGGAAGAACACCGGAACUUCAGUUGAGCGCAACAAGUUAUUUGCGUCACACGGUGUGCAGUGGUCAACACUCUGGAGGUUAUCAUACUGGGAUCCCUCCCGUCAAAUUGUCGUCAACACCAUGCAUUGUCUCUUAGAGGGUCUCGCACAUGCUCAUUUCUGUCGCAUGCCUUCGGUUCGUAUCUGUAAGCUUGGGCAUCGGACCAGAGAAGUUAUGCAAUGUAUUGCUGAUGUCAUCAAGACGACAGAUACGCCCUCUUUCUUGAGAUCAGUCCCCUAUAACUUCGGGGAAACAAAAGCUGGAACCGUGAAGGCCGAUGAAUGGCGCACAUUAACGACCGUAUACUUACCCAUAGCACUAGUCAGUUUAUGGGGCGAGGGAUCGGCACAUCGCAACUCAGACAUCGCAGUCAGCCGCCGUGCCAUCCUUGAUCACACGAUGGACCUUGUAUCUGCAAUUCAUAUCGUAUGUCUGCGAUCUAUGACACAAGAUCACGCAGACGCAUACCGUACUUAUAUGAUCAACUGGAUAAGGGAUUUGCAGGUAAUACUCCCCCAUGCACGCCAUCGAACCAAUGGCCAUAUGGCAUUGCACGUCUGGGACUACCUGCAACUCUUCGGACCUGUAUGGUCAUGGUGGUGCUUCCCAUAUGAGCGCCUCAUUGGACAGCUGCAGCGGUUGCCCAGCAAUCACAUUUUUGGUAGCAUUCAAAUUUCUUUGUCGAUGAUAGACUUCUUACGCUACGCUGGUAUGCAGGACAGCAAGAAUCAACUCUCCUCUGGUCCUACAUCAAGGCUGCAAAGCUUAAAUAUUGGCUGA